AUGAGCGGCAAAUAUCCAGACGAGAACUCCAAAAUGGAAAGGAAGGGGAAAAAAUUUUGGAAUGAAGGAAACCUGAAAUUUUUAAAAGUAUACGCCAACGCCCUGUUUAAAUACACGGAGCAGGAAAAGGACAACAAGUCGACAGAUGUGCUGCUACUGUCACAAAAAAUAGAAAGCGAAAAGAAAUUAAUAAAAAUAAGCAUAGAAAUAAUUUUAAUUAUCCUGUUCUUUAUCCUGAUUUAUAUAUCCAACGAUUUGGUAAAAAUAAAAAACUUGGAAAAUCACAUUUAUAACAAUAUAAACGAGUCCAAGACAUACUCUGAAAAUUUUUACAAAUUCAUAAGUGACGAGAUAAGGAAAGGGAACAAGGAUUUCUCCUACGAACCAAAGAAGAAAGAUUAUAUAGCAUUUAAAAAUUUGCGAUCGAAAUUUGAUCUCUCCUCAUGGGUUAAAAAUGCAUUAACGGAAAGGGUAUCCCAAGACAACUUUCUAAAUAGUAACGUCUUAUUUGGAAAAUGUUGGAGAAUAACAAUGAGAUUAUACAAGAAGGAUAAUUCUAUGAUGGAAAAUAUUUAUAUGUACAGGAAAUUUUUUGGACUUUACCCUGACAGUUCAUUUUCGCAGGGGUUGGAAGAUUCUAGAAAUGUUGAUUCUUCCUAUUUUGACAAAAAGUGGAGCUAUUUAUUUUCGCAUGAUAAGUCGUAUAAAAAAAUUGGAGGAUUAUAUCAAGUAAUAUGUGAAAAAGAUUUUAGUAAAAUUGAAGAACGUCUGUCUCAGGGUACAUUUUAUGCCACUGAUUACCCCUAUUUUAUACCAGCUCUUAUAUUAACUAAUUAUAACAUAGCCUCCGUUGCGAUUGAUUUUUUACUGUUCAAUCCGUUACUCAAUGUACUUUCCUACAACGUUUUCAAGUUUUCCUUUUUGCCAAAUGCCAGAACGUACAAGGAGGUUGUAACACAGUCCGCUUCAUAUAAUCGAUUUGAUGUCUAUUUCAUUGUUGCCUUGUCUGUCUUUAUGGUGACAUUCAUUUUUUAUGUUAUUACCCAUCUUCGGAAAAUCAAUAUGGUUGGCUUCAGGAUGUAUGUGAAGUCCUACUGCACUUCGUUUGUCCUUACUGUUUGCUUCGCUGCGAAUCUCGUAACCCUCUGUCUCUUCCUCUUGUCCAGGACCCAGCUUCCCAAACUCAUCGUGGGGUAUGAAAAUGGCAAGUACAAAGUAGACUCAUUGAGCUACCAAAGCAGCGAAGAUAGAAUUAUCGAAUUUUUGCACGACAUGAGCAUAACCCUGUCACGCAUAGAGUUAACUAAGAACAUUUUCAUCUCGAAUACCAUCAUAACCUUCCAGGUGUGUUUCUUUGUGUGCGUAAAGCGAUAUGGUCUGUUGAUAAAAAAAUACAGCAAUGUAGAGAAUAACAUAAGGAAGGAUUUUUUACUUCCAUUUUUUAUCAUCCUGUGCAUCAUAUUUGGAUGUUUGGCAAUAUUUUCCGUCUUCAGUUAUACCCUCUUUCAUAUUGAAGAAAAUGUCAGCUCCAGCAUUGUCCAGACAUUCAUUUUCAAUGUGUGUAUUAUAUUUGCAAAUUUUCAAGGAGUAAACAUAUCUUCCAUCCUAAAUGAAGAAAAUAAUUUGCCUUAUUUGUAUUCUAUUCCUACUCACUUUUUUAUCGUCACGGUGAGUUUCGCUUUUAUCUUUUUUCUGGCUAUUAAAUCUUUCAUCAAAAGAAACAAAAAAGUGUACAACGCGUUUAUGCAUCAGUACGGCCAUAAAUUACCAAAAUGUAGAACUAGCUAUAACAAGGACCCACAAGGCAAAAGCGGUCAUUUAGAUGCUGCUGAAAUAUAUGAUACUUCCCCCAAGAAAGAUAACGCACAAAAGGAGAACUCAAAUGUAGCAGGCCUAAAUGACAACAGCACAUUUGAAGUAACCGCAUAUUCGGAGGUAGAAGAUGAGUUGGAAGAACAGGGAGACAACAAUGCAGAGGACACACGCGACUCACUUGAGUAUCUAAGAGAUGGUGUACAAGAACAUGACACACAAUCAUUAAGCAGUGAUGACAGCAGUACGUACUCGCUGCACGAAUCGAAUGAAUACGAAGUAGACCCAGGUAAAUAUGGUACGAAUAAGGGGUUAAAUUACAAUGACGUGAUGAGCAUAACGAAAGGGUUAAAUAAGAAUAAAGAAGAGUGCACAGAAAAGAGGAGCACAAAAGAGAAGGCCUUUUUUACUAUAGAAAAAAUGCUAGACCUAUUCCUAAACCUAAAAAACAGCACCGUCUUGCCCUUCUCUAAUAGGGAAAAAAAACGCAUUUGGAAAGAUUACACUACGAACAAAAAGAGAAAUGACGGAGUUUUGGUUUCCCUCUCUGUGUAUACCUGCUUGCUGAUAUUCAUCAUGCUCUUUCUUAUUAAUGACCACAGAAAGGAGAGAGAAAGCGAAAAACUGUUAGAUUAUCAGAUCAAAAAUAUCGGCUACCACCCAUCUAAUGCACACGUGUCAAAUAUGAAAUUCCGAUAUUUAAAAAAAAAUGUGAAUGUAAAUGUUAAGGAAACGUUUAACUUCCAAAAGGUACAAAAUAAAACCGACCUAAUUAUGUGGUUAAAAACUUCUUUCAUUUCAUUUCUGGACAACAGUUCACGCGUCGUGGAGGGAGGUGCUAAUCAUUCCAAUAGUACCUUCCUAUGGAAAGACAUAUUUAGCUUGAAGCAUGAACGGAUAAGAAUAAAUAUUAUUUCAAGAGAGAAAAUACGAACACCCAGUAGUAGACUCAUAUGCAACUAUAAGAGACAAAAGUGCUAUAUGGACAUAUGGAACGAAUCGGAACAUUUGAAGAAAGGGCUAAACGAAAUAGAAUUACUAAUUAAUGAUGCAACUGAAAAAGUGGAAAUAUCUUUUAUUUUGUUUGACAAGAAUGACUACCAUAACAUUUUGGUGAAUUUACAUUUCGUCUCCAAUGCUAGUGGGUAUAUAUCCAAAAAAAUAUAUUUUGAUCACUUAUUUUUUAACUCCUUCAGUCUUAUUCAUUUCAGAGGGGUAGUAAUUAAUAUCCUUUUCCUGACUAUUAUGUUUUGCUGCUUUAUAAGCAUGUACUUGUAUUUGUUCAAGAAUUUUUCCUACUUUUACAACGCAUGUGCUGCGGUCAUUGUGCCGCAUGACCGGGCUAAUGCGCAGAGGGCUGCCUGGCAGAUGGGCCAGUUGAAUGCUCAUCCAGGUGAACACUUAGGGACUGCUAAUAAUGGGAAUGGUUACAUGUAUGGGAGUUACUGGCCUUGGGGACGCAACGACGGCGGUUAUGCAGGGGCGUACAACUGGAACGCAUAUGCGAAUUACCCUGCGGCAGGUGAUGCGAAUUGGGGGGUAUAUGGGAAUAACCCUGUUAUGGGACAAGCGAAUUAUGCAUACUACAAUACGGUUAACAUGCCGGAGGGCACGUUUAACUACGGUUUGGGUCAAGGCCAUAUGAAAACCCCCCUGAGUAGGAACACCAGCAAGACACACCAAAUCGGCGCAUUGCUCAAAUUCAAAGUUUAUCUGACGUACUUAUUCGAAUCAAAUGUUUUAAAUUUACUAAUUCUGCUAUCAUCCUUUUCCAUAGUUGCGCUAUGGCUUACUGUGUGCAUAUACAUCAACACGAUAGAGUAUAAUGCAAAUAACUCGUGGAGCUAUUUUAAUGUAUACAUAAAAUCGUUUUCCUUUUUCUCCAAAUUUGUGAAUAUCUUUUACUUGUUACUUUUUUUAGUCAUAAUAAAUAUGUUCAUUUUUUUGUCAAAUUAUGUCAAGCGUCAGAAGUUAUACGAAGCCUUAUAUGUGAACAGAAGGCAGAUUUUGAAGUGUGGUUUUCUGCUGCUACUUGUGUACCUGAAUUUUUUUCUUUUUCACUAUUUUUUUUAUGGGAUAGACGGUUUCAACGAGUUGUCAAUGAGUCAGCAGCCUAUACACUCCAUUUUAAUUUUGUUGGGUCUCGUUAAUAUUGAUGUUUAUCUGAAAUGCAACGUUUUCUAUUUUUUAUUUUUCGUGUUGCCUCAUUUGGUGUUUAUACGCUUUCUUUUAAUGUAUUCCUUUCUAGCUCCAGUUAUGGCUAGCUAUUUAAUUUUACUACAACAAAGGAAAAAAAAAAAAAAGAAAAGAAAAAAAAUAGCUAGCCAGAAAAGUGAAGAUUAUUCCUCUUUUACGUUAACUCAUCUGAGCAACGAGCAAUGGAAAUACAUAGAUGAAGACAUAAAAGACUUUGCAGCAAACGAAACUAAUAGCAUACUAUAUUAUUUUGAAAAUGUUAAAGACCAGAUAAGGAGUAAAGAAGACAUAUCCAAAACGCUGCAACAGGAGUGUAAUGGUUUAAAAGAACAGGUGCACGAGCUGCAGCUGGAUGUGCGCAAAAUACAGUUGCAGUGGAAAUUCCGCAGUAAGCUCUUGAGUUCAUCAAAGGCCUACCUAGACAAAAUAAACAACCAAAUAAGUAUGAGGGAAGAAAUGAUUGUGGAGGAUAAGAACAGGAUGUCUUCGCUCAAGCAGUAUGCGCAGCAGGUGAAGUUGGACGAAUAG